CUUCGCGCAUGCGCUUGUCAGGUAUUGUCAGGCAAAAUGGACGACUGGGUUGAUGAGUUCGUUCACGAUCAUAUUAUUAAAUGAUAAGGUCCAUUAAAAGAACUACUACUUAAAGACUAUACACCAUGGCAUCUAAAAGGAAGUUGCGUUCUAUCAGAAAGAAACCUGCACAAUUUCAAGAGGAGGAACCAAUGGACAUGUCGCCUGAUAGUACUCCAAAAUCACAGCAUAGUACAUGCAGUAAAAGGGAGAAAAAAAAGACUUCCACCAAGGCUAGCUCACCAACUCAUAGUGAUGGAUCUAAGUCACCUGAAAAUAACUGUUCCAUCUGUCUUGGAAAGUUUGAGAAUAAAUCGUUUACCGAUGGUUGUUUUCACACGUUCUGCUUUGUAUGCAUCAUGGAAUGGUCUAAAGUUAAAGCGACAUGUCCAUUGUGCAAAACAUCCUUCAAAUCGAUUAUUCAUAACAUUAAAUCCAAUGAGAUGUAUGAUCAAUACUUUCUUUCAUCAUCUAGAAGUAAUACACUCAGUGAUGAAAUUACCAGGCAGCGUUUCAGAUAUAGUACAACUCUUGCUUCUGUACGAGACAGAGCACUGGCUCAACAAAGACGACAAUUGCCUUCCACUCGAGCAAACACUCGUGCUUAUAGAGAACAGCGUGAGGCAGCUGCUAUUGAAAGACGAAGACAGGUCUAUGCUCUUGGUUUACGAGCACAGACUGAAUCGUCUAUGAGACGUACUUGUUACAGGGAUAUAUCUAGCACAUUUUUUCAGCAGAAUGCAGCCUGUUUGCAUCGAUUGGUGCCAUGGUUGAGGAGAGAACUCAAUGUCUUGUUUCAGAAUAAUGAAGACCUUGUUAUGUUUAUGAUAAACCUAAUCUUGUCAUACAUCCCUGUCAUGGACAUGGAGGGCCCUGAAUUUUUUGACAACCUCAGACCAUUUAUGUAUCACAGAACUGAGCAGUUCAUUCGAGAACUAGUAAACUUUGCAAGAUCGCCCUAUGAUAUGAAUGGUUAUGAUCAACACACACAGUAUGAUUUCCUUUCCAAUCACCAGUCACCGGAAAGCCCUGUCUCUGCCAGACACCAAACUAAUUCGAGAUCAGUGCCACUCAUUGAUUUAUCUGAUGUUUCAAGUGAUAGCUCGGAUGGUGUGAUGCCACUAGCUUUGGAUUAUUCAGGUCAUACAUCCGUGUCUACCAUUACCACAGACGACCAACCUUCUACUUCAAGUAUGGCCGUGAAAAACGAACUUUCAGAAACUCACAAUCCGGAGCCUCCAAGUGACAAUGAUAGCUCUGAUGAAGUUAUGUUUGUUGGUUUUGUCAAAUCCAUUAGCGAACGCUCUCCAGAUGCAAUCAUAACGUUGUCCUCUGAUUCCGACAAAGAAGGGAAAAACAGUAGAGAAAUCGCAAAGACAGUUAAAUCAAAGCAAAAGUUAAAAAAUUCAGAGAAAUCUACAAGUAAAAGUAGGAAAGGUAGAACACGUAGCAAAAGAGAUAGGAGUUAUGAUAGAUACAGGAGCUGUAGUUCCAGUCAAGACAGAAAUCGAAAUAGAAGUAGUAGCCACAGUGAUGAAUCACAUCGCAAUAGGUACCUUGACAACAGAAAUAAACCAGGGGGUAAAAGAAAACGAAAAACAAAACAUGUGGAAGCACCUCAUUAUGAAUAUGUACGAUAUCAUGGAUCUCGUGGUGCGUACACUUAUUUUUCAUCUGAUUCUGAUUCUGAUCAUGAGCCAUCAAGAAAUUAUUACUUUUCUAGUAAAUCAUUUAGGCCUACACAUAAUAGGUACAGUCGGUCCAGGUCUAGGUCAAGGUCUCCACUCUGGACUAGUCAAAGACAGUACAGAUCAAGAGGUAGAGCAUCGUAUCAUGCUCAUGAUUUAGAUCGCUCUAGUAAUAGCUCUGCUUACAGUCGACAUUCACAUUCCUCCGUCAUGUCAUCAUAUUCAAGUUCACGUUUUCAGAGAACUAGAGGUUGUUCGCGUUCACGCUCUCGGUCAAGAUCUCCCAGGUCUUUCAGGCGUAAGCAUCGUCACCGCAGCUCUAGUGUUGAGUUUAUGGGUUCAUUUAGCAGACAGGAACCCCUGAAAGACAUUUACACAUUAAAACAAAAAAGCUUAUACCACAAGAAACGACAUACCACUCGAUAUACAAGUGACUCAGAUAUUGAAGUCACAUAUGAAAGAAAAGAGAAUCACUAUAAGGACAAGAGUAAGAAAAGAAAAAAACAUGGUAAACACAAACGAAAACACAAACACAAAAGCAAGAAACACAGACGUGACAAGGAGAGACAUAGGAAUGCUGAAACAUGUCUAGUAAAACUCUCGGAUACAGAGAGCAAUACAACAGAGCCAGCUGCAAACAGUGAGAACAAACGAGAAAUUGAAAGGGUGGGUUCUUCUGGUCCUAACAGUUCAUCGGAAGAUAAGAAUAAAGAAAUUGAAAUUGAUGUACUGGAAGUGACCAAUGAAGAGCAACAUGAGGAUGAAUCUGUAGGGAGUGCAGUUGAUACUAAUGGAGAACAGCUACCACAUGAACCCGGAGAUUCCAACACUGCUGAGUCCAGAAUAAUAGAUGAACCAGGUGAUGCCAAUGUGUCCAACAUAGCAGAUGAACCAGGAGAUACCAACACUGCUGAGUCCAGCAUAACAGAUGAACCAGGUGAUUCAAACACUGCUGUGUCCAGCAUAACAGAUGAACCAGGUGAUUCCAACUCUGCUGAGUCCAGCAAAGCUGACAAACCAGGAGAUUCUGACAUUGCUGUGUCUAGUAUAGCAGGAUCUAACUCUGGAGAACAGCUACCAGAUGAACCAGGAAAUUCCAACACUGCUGAGUCCAGCAUAACAGAUGAACCAGGUGAUUCAAACACUGCUGUGUCCAGCAUAACAGAUGAACCAGGUGAUUCCAACUCUGCUGAGUCCAGCAAAGCUGAUGAACCAGGAGAUUCCGACAUUGCUGUGUUCAGCAUAGCAGGAUCUAACUCUGGAGAACAGCUGCCAGGUGAACCAGGAAAUACCAACACUACUGUGCCCAGCAUAACAGAUGUACCAGGUGAUACCAACACUGCUGUGCCCAGCAUAUCCGGAUUUAACUCUGGAAAACAGCUACCUGAUAAACCAGGAGAUUUCAACAUUACUGAGCCCAGUAUAGCUGGAUCUGGCUCUGAUAUGUCAUCUGAUGUCUUAAUGUCACAGCAAGAUUUGUCAAUGAAUGUGUUGUCUACCACAGAGUCCCAACAGAAUUCUGAUGGUAUUCAACUGCAUUCUAAGGAUAUAAUUGCAGAACUGUUAGGAGAUUUAAGUACAAGGACAAACAGUGAUUGUGAGUCUGAAAAGGACAGCCAAGUAGGGGAACACAACCCAGAUGUCACAGCGUUUGAUUUGUUAGUGCAGGCGGAGAGAAAAAGACUCAAACAGCUGGAAAUGUCAAACUUGUUAUCAGAUGCAUGUGACAGUGAUUAGAGUAUGUGAUGUUGAUCAGUGAUUAGACAGUGUAUAGUUGCAUAUGAAUCAUGGAAAACAAACUGAACUGCUUUUUAUAAUUUUAACUAGUUGCAAGUAAAUAGAAAUUAAACUAAUCUGAA